AUGACGCUUCGGAUCAUAAUUGUCGGAGCUGGGAUUGCUGGCCUUACUGCUGCAGUUUCGCUCCACCAAGCCGGGCAUCAUGUGAGAAUAUACGAAAGCUCUGCAUUUGCUGCUGAGGUUGGUGCGGCUCUGAACCUGGCCCCUAACGGCACAAGAGUUCUGCAGAAACUCGGGUUUGAUAUACAACGUGCACGCUGCGUGUCAAUUCAAAACUGGGACACAGUCGACGGAACAACCCUGCAGCAGAUCGCAUGUCAGGACCUUAGCAAGGCUUCCGAAAGAUUCGGAGCCUCAUAUGUUGCAGUGCAUCGAGUUGACCUGCAUGAGGAACUCAUGAGACUGGCAAAGUUAAAUGAACCGGGCGGUGUCGAACUUCAUCUUUCUUCGCGGGUUGUGCGUAUUGACGCCAAUGCUGGCCAAAUUGAGUUGAUUGACGGGCGACUUGAAGAGGCUGAUCUUAUCAUUGGGGCAGAUGGAAUACGUGCGGUAUCACGUAUGGUAAUUGAUGGAUUGGCGGGUAAUACUAGCGCAUCUACGGGUGCUGCAAUCUCGACGGGCUUGAGCGCAUUUCGAUUUUUGGUUCCAACAGAAUUUCUCCAGACUAAUGGCGCGGGCAAGGACCUCUUGCAGUGGAAGAAACCUGGUGCUACACUGCUAGGCGAUCCUAAUUCGGUCACUACAGAACAAGAGCGGCAUCUCAUGUGGUAUCCCUGUCGGGAUGGUAACGUUCAGAACUUUGUUGGCAUUCAUCCUACAGUACCUGGCGAACCACCUGAGAGCCCUGAAGGCUUCAAGGAACAGAUGUUGAAGGAAUUCGCUCAUUUCCAUCCACAGGUUGUGGAAAUCCUCAAACUUGGCAAUGAUGUUAAGUGCUGGCCUUUAUUCCACACUGAACCCUUACCGACUUGGACGCGGGGAAAGUUGGUGGUUAUAGGUGAUGCUGCUCACCCUAUGUUGCCAUUCGGUGGUCAGGGCUCAAACCAAGCCAUUGAGGACGGAGGCGCACUCGGAAUGCUACUAGAAAAUGUCCACGACGUGUCUCAGAUCACAGCCCGUUUAGAUCUUUUCGAAAAAGUCCGCCGGCGGCGGGCGUCGCGUGUACAGAUUCUGUCUACCGUGCGAGCAAACCGCGAAAGCUUGGUCGAAAACGAGAUUCAAAAAUACAUGGAAAAGAAUGUCUCUUUGCCGAAUUCCUUCGCCACUCGAGUGGCACACGAUGCAGGGUUUGAUGUAUUUCGUCGAUGCCAGGAAGUUCUUUUGACUGGUUAA